AUGGACAACUCUGAGGCUGUGAGGAAGGGAGGCAUACGACCCGGAGUGACAUCGGGGGAUGUGGGGAGGAUUGAGAAAAGGAACUCGGAACCGCAACAUUCUAUCUUCGGAACUGAAGUUGCGGGGGGUUUGACAACCGAAAGAUUUGUUUCAUCCACGCGUAACUUUGCAACGACUCGAAAAGUACAAAAGCUGCUAGACGUUACUGUCAAUGACAACUUUCGGGAGCUAGUUCUCUACAUGAAUGAUGUUGUGCCAGAGUUUCUUGAGGGCUUAUAUUUUCAGAGAGGGGAUUUGCCAUCCGGCGGAAGCGAGAAAACAACGCCACUUCAACGCCCCCAACAACAUAACAGUGCAGUUGCGUCUGUGAAUGCAAAUGGUGUUACAACUGCCACCACUACCACAACUACCGGCACUGCUUCAUCCCUUAGCUCGCACUCUUCAGCAGCGCUCCGUGCAGCGCUUGAGGGUCGUGUUGUGGAUGUUCACCAACGUUUUUUGCAGGAGUGGUCGACCCUCAACGAGGUGUUUGAGGAAGUGUAUUCGUUAGUAACAAAACUUCAUCGUGAAAGUGAGGUACUUGAGGCGACUCUAGGUGCUCAUGCCGCUCAGGCAGAAGAUUUUUCCGGUCUCAUGACAACACUCCAAGCUGAGUUGACUUUGGUUCAUCAGAGGGAGAGGGAAAUAAAGGAGUUCCAAGGCAGAUAUCACUUUACAGCGGAAGAGCAGCGGAUAUUAGAGGAGGGGUCUGUUGAUACCACUUACCUUGAUGUGCUUAGCAGUGUGCAAGCGACUCACCGUGAGUGCCGUCAGAUGCUCCUCUCGCGUGAAAGCUACCAGAGCGCUGCAGCAGUGAUGGACAGCACGUACAUUGCUAUAAUAAAGGGUACAGAAAAGGUGGCACGCCAUCUAAAAACCCUGUCGGGUCGCUCAACCUCGGGUCCUACAUCCAGCUGCGGGGAGGCACCAGAAUUGACCAAUUUUUACUUGCGGUGCAUGAAUUUUCUCCGAGAGGAGAACAAAGCACAGUGGGCAUCGGUUGUAGAGGAGGUUGCUCGGUUGCGACGCGCAGCGGUACUUCGGCAAUAUUUUCAUCUUCUGACCACCGGUUCCACGACGACGGCUUCCCGCACGUAUCACAUGGGGGGUGGGGAACGCCACAACUCAGCAGGGGGAGGUGAAGGCAGUAGUGCGGGUAUACGACCAUUAGAGGCGGAGAUCGGCAACCCCGUUUUUUUCUUUAGUUCACUCUUCGCUUGGUUGCACCAGGCAAUUGUGGACGAAGACGAUUUCUUUUCAACUUUCUUCACUUCCCCAGUGUUGGAGCCACGCCAACCACCGCUUUCUGGUGGGAAAGGUGAGUGCACUGAUGCGUUAGAGGGUGGUAGAGGCUCUCCGUGUUCCGCGACGGUGGCAAAUCACUUUGACGAACCCGUCGGUGAAGAUUUGAUGUUGAGUAAGUCAUCGGUUCUCGAUUCCGUCUUUGACGUUCUCUGCAAACAUAUCCAAAGUGUGCUGGAGGGCGUGCUGGAGAGGUUUCUGCGGACGGCGUCGAAUCUCCAAGAUGCUGAUGGGGUUGGUUCGAACACCGGUGAAGCGGGAUCCCCUGGCACCGAAGAUUUUAGUAGUAAAGCGGGAUCCUCCCGAAUGGGACCCUCGGGGCCUAUUGGUCUUACUGGUGGCAUCGCGCGUCUUCUUUCGGCUGCGGCGGGCCGCCCACUCUCCUUGGUUUCGGGUGCUUCAAAAGCAGAAAAUCGCUACCAACACGUGAUGAACCGCUCGCAGUUGGAGGCGCUGGUGGCAACGACGGUGUCAAGCCUGACAAGUGGUCUUCAAACAACUCAUGCCCUACUGCAGCUCUUUACAUAUUGCAGCACCAGUACGUUUACCGCUUUACUUGGCCGUGAUGCCGCACUCACGCGUCUAAUCGCAGACGAUGGAAAGAUGCAGCUACUUCGUGUGUAUCAUACGAUAGCCAAACACCUCUCAGACCACUCGUUAGAUAGUGUGGCAGGUGUUGUCAGUCGUUCUGCCAUUCUCCGCCGGUUGGCGUCUGCUGAAGCACUGGAAUGGAAAUUGGGAGGCACUGCCAGGUACUUCGUUGUUGACUUUUUGCUCGAAUACAAAGUGGAGGAUGAACGUGGGUUAGAUGGUAGUUCCUUCCAUGAAGACCAAAUGAAAGCGCAGGAAAGAUCGGCUUCUACACAAGGGUUGAAGCCCUCAAGUUUCAGUGGCCGACCCGCUAGUUGUAAUCCUUAUUUGCGUAGUGGUCUCUCCAAGCAUCAGGCACAGGCGGCUGAGUUGCUUCGCACACUCGAAACCAUGGUUCUUCCCGUGCCUCCUGAAGUAGCGGAGUGCCUCCGUGUUUUGCAAGCCACUAUGGUCGAAGCACAGAAGCAUGCGGAAAUUAUGGAGUCCCUCCACGUUUCUCCAUCGUAUGGUUUAGUGCAGGAGGUCUCUGGAGGAGCUGAGGCGGCCAGUGCUGCCCCUCCAUGCAGCGAGCAGUUCUUUGCCGUGAUUGUGCAGCAUUUGAUGUCAUUUCCAACGGUACUGGCGCACCAACCUGUUUUAAGCAGCGGCGUUGACGAACCUUGCAAGUUGGUGAUUCAACUGAAUACCAUGAAUGCCUUAUAUGAAACGCUUGUCCCUCACACAGGCAGUUCCGCGAGCGGAAGCAAGUUGGCUCAUUACACCAUGCCUCUCUUGAGCACUGUAAUGGAGCGCAUUGAAGACCUUAUAAAGGAAUUGGUAGCAGCCCUCUCCCAGUGUGUCGCGCGACACUACUUGGGAGAGGCCACGAAUGAAGGUGAUGAAAUGGAAAAGGCUAUUUGUACUCCCGAAGCGGCUAAAACUAUCGAGUCUACUGGCGGGGGGGAUGGUGAGGGUGGUGUGGCCGCUAAGGAAUUUGACACUCGCACCGUCAUGGAUAAACUUAAUGAAUUUUAUAGUGUUGUAGCGGCCUCAGGCCGACUCUAUGUCCCCAUUGUUUCUUCGUUGGCCUCACCUCCUUUGCGUGAUCGGGUUAUGCAGGGUGUGCUAGAUAUAACUUUAGCUGUGUACGAAAGACGUUACGAACAACUUCUCAACUUGUCAUCAGAAGGGGGCUCUGACAUCACUACCACUCUUUCUUCAGAUCUUCCGGGCCGCACCUCAGUGGAGGACCUUCACCCUGACAAGUUACGUAUCCUUUUGGACACCACCCCAUAA